GACUCUGCACCAUGCCUCCCAAUUUACAGAGAAUUUUCCCAGCACUGUGCCUCCUUGGGGUCCUGUUUCUCCUGCACUGCACACCUGUCCUGUGUGGUUGCGAUAAUCCUCCUGUGGUUGCCCAUGGACAUCAUACACAAGUUAUUGCGCUCUUUGGAAUAAAAAAAGAUGAGGUUGUAUAUAAAUGUGAUGAAGGAUACACUCUGGUUGGAGAGGACAGACUCUUCUGUCGUUCUUCACGCUGGUCACCUGCAGCCCCUCGAUGUAAAGCUUUGUGUCCGAAACCACAGAUAGAUCGUGGAAAGUUAUCUGUGGAUCAGGAUGAAUAUAUUGAGUCUGAAAACGUCAUUGUCCAGUGCUCUGGCUAUGGUUUGGUUGGUCCCAAAAUUAUCACUUGCACAGAAGACAGAACCUGGCACCCACGGGUGCCCAAGUGUGAAUGGGAGUACCCCGAAGACUGUGAGCAAGUGCAUGAAGGCAAAAAACUCAUGCAGUGUCUCCCAAACCUGGAGAUAAAAUUGGCCCUGGAGCUGUAUAAGCUGUCCCUGGAGACUAAACUACUGGAGCUUCAGAUAGAUAAGGAAAAGAAGGCCAAAGCGAAGUACUCAACAUAGUUUUUCCAAAGAGGCGGAGGAAAAACAUGCCUUGCAGCUCUCAAUCCAAUGUAGAUCACUUGUUUACCACUUCUUCCACCUUUUUUAUACCAUCAUUGCAGC